AUGGGAGAGUUUGAAACUCUCGUCAAUGAGGAUUGGGACGAUGGUGAUCAAAGAGUAAUUCUGGUGGACAAGUCGGGAAUAUCUCGUACGGCUUUGAGGCCCCUGAGAUUUGACUUCGACAGAAUCUUAACAGAAGUAUUGAAUCUUACAUCAGAUCAUGCGGUUAUUAUUGUUCACGGCCUAUACGCUCUCCAUGACCGACGCCUUCGAAACAUUGCUCAACUUAAGGUAUAUUUACAUGGUGAUCCGGAUACUCGUCUAAUCAGGUGGCUUCGUCGGGAUGUUGUACUGGGUAAAUAUCUGCUUGGUCGAGUAUUAAACUAUUACGUUGAAGGCGCGAAGCAAGAGAUGGCAGAGUAUGUCAUGCCAACGAAGGAGUACGCCGAUAUCAUUUUGCCGGGGGCGGAGGACACUGCUGUCCAAUUGAUUGUUGAUAGCAUUGAGCAACAAGUUAGUCACACUUCCAAAGUCAGUACCCCAAGAACCAACAUGUUAAGGCGUCGUGAGGGGUCUUUUUUUGACGCUUCUUGA